UUUCUCACUCACACUCCCUCUCUAUCUCUCUCUCAUUCUUUCAGAACCAUGGACAGCUCUAAGCAAGCAACACGAUUGGUUGAGAGACAUGAGGGAUGCAGAGAAUGAGAGAGCGAGAGAGAGAGAGAGAGAGAGAGAGAGAGAAGAUCACUAGGGGACGGAGUGAGUAAGCAGCAGUGAGAGCUGGAGGGAAGGAGAUCAGAGAGCAAAAAAGAAGGUAGAGAGAGAGAAAAAGAGAGAGAGAGAGAGAGAGAGAGAGAAAAGAAGGAUAGAGGAACUAAAGAAAAGACAGAUGCUAUAGCUGGUCUUUUUGCCUACUGACGCCCGAGCUGGGUUCAUCUCUGCGUGUGUGUGACGUGCACGGGUGUGUGUGUGUGUGCGCUUGUGACGGCAGCCACAGCGGCAGCAGCAGCAGCAGGGGAGGACGGAUCAAAGAGAUUGUAGGACACGAUGCAUUUAGCUGCCUAACGUCUCUGCGCACACACCGCAGCCGGCUAAACGAGAACACGCUCAUAGUACGCGCAUCCGCACGCAGCCCACCCCACACACACACCAUGCGUGUGUGGGGACAGCGCAGAUGAGGCAACCACCAAAAGGAGGUGUGGAUCUUUCCAGAAGCGUUUGGUAGGGGGAGAGGACAGCUUUGGUGGCCGUAGCCCAGCAGGAGCGGUCAUAGGUGGGGAAGGGUCGAACCGACGACCACUACCUUAGGUUUUCUUCAGAGCUCUGGAAACACCAAAGAUGGACACGUCCUUCAUCUUUCUCUUCCUCACGCCAGUGUGUGUUUCCUCCGUGCUGCGUCGCCGUCGCCGGGCUUGUCUGCCAGCCGCAGGGGGAUUCAAUAUCGUGCGGUGUUGAGAAACACACACACAGAACACACCUGGAGAUCAGCUGUUCCGGGAGAGCAGAUUCACUGAUACUGCAGUCUCUCUGUUGUGCUGAAGGAUGGAUUCCGGGGAAGACGAGUGCACACAUUUCCUGCAGUACGUGGAGGACAGCGGUCUGAGGGCGUAUGACGAGCUGGUUAUCCAGAACGCCUCUGACAUCGCCCGAGAGAGCGACCGCGUCCGUAACCACACACACUGGACAUACCUUCAAGAGAAAAACCAGAAGAAGAGACGGCAGGAUGAAGCUAUCAAGAGGAUUGGCGAGGAUGUGGCCCGUGUGACGGAAGGAGGGGGAUACGCAGGCAAACACUUUCGUAUGGGCUUCAUGACGAUGCCGGCCCCUCAGGACCGCGUUCCUCCUCCCUGCGGGCCGGGCUUCACCGUACGCUCGCAGUCUCUGCACUCUGUGGGAGGGGGAGAAGAGGAGGGGAGUCCCACCUCGAGAAAACAGCCCCCGCCCAAACCCAGACGAGAUCCCAACACCAAACUCAGCACCUCCUCUGAGACCGUCAACACUGGGCUCAGCACGGGGAAGAGCGGGAAGGAAUCAGAGAAAUGUGACGCAUCUAAAUCCCGCCCCUGCAGUGAGGAGUACCGUCGCAUGCCUCCACCCAAACCGAAACGCAACCCCAACACCCAGCUCAGCACGUCCUUUGACGAGUCUUACAUCCAAAACCACGGCAGCAAGGCUAAGUCCGCCUCUCUGCCGCGGCAACACAAAAAGAAGUCUGCAUCUCAGAAUCAAAGCCCCGCCCCUGACACUGACGAUGAGACGGAACCUGUUUAUAUAGAGAUGGUGGGGAACAUCUUACGAGACUUCAGUCGAAUUGCAGGAGCUAAUGGCGAUGAAGAGGAUGACCAAGGUGAAAGUGUGUACGAGGAGAUGAAAUAUCCUGCCUACGAUGAUUUACCGUCAUCUUUAGACCACGCACAGUUGCGAUGGGAGCAAUGUCCCACUGCUUUGGUGCCAGAAGUUGAACUUACGCGACCCACUACUCCACGUGGUUCAGUGUGUGACAUUCCCGCCCCUUUCCCGAAUCUGCUUUCCCAUCGACCUCCUCUACUAGUAUUCCCACCUGCACCAGCCCAAUGUUCGCCCAACUCUGAUGAAUCCCCUCUUACUCCACUGGAUGUCACCAAACUGCCCAUGUUGGAGAACGUCGGGUAUGUGAAACCUGGUGCAUCCCCAACUAGCGCCGACCCUGGACCACAGCUGGAGCCACAGCAGGUGUCUGGUAAACACCACCACCACCGCCACCAUCACCAUAAGAAGUCAGCAGAGACUAAGGAGCAACAAACAAUCACAGCAUCAGGACGAUCAUCUGCUCCUCCUCUGCCAUCUGCGCUGUAUAAAAGCGGUGGGUCGUCUGCGGCGCAUGGCUACCCAAGGAGCCACUCCGCCUGCCCGUCCCCCGUCAGUAUGGGUCGCGCAUUAACGCCGCUCACCCUGAAGCGCCCCCCACCGUACGACGCUCUCAUGACCGGGACAAUUCCUCGCAGCGCGUCUGGAGUUCCGCAUGGAUCGCGUGAGAGCGGGCGGCUCUCGAAUUCCUCCAGUCUGCAUGGAGGGUCCAUGCAAAAUGUCUCCACUGCGUCUGGCUCAAGCUCAGGGUCGGGAGGUCGAGGCAGCCGUACGCCAACCAGUCCUUUGGAUGAGCUCAGCAACUUGUUCUCUUCCGGACGUAACAUGUUGAAGAAAGGUUCUGGAAGCCGCAAGAGUAAGGAGUCAACGGAUGGUGAAAGUAAAGGCAGAAGUGACAGCAGGGACAGAGCCCUUCGUAGCUCUUCUCCAAAAUCACAGGAUUGGGAAACGCCCACAGGACAAUCAGCCACGCCCACAGCCACGCCCAGUCGGUUCGGCCGCUCCUCCAUCAGCCCGACCACCAUGCUCGGAGAAACAAAAGCCGGGUGUAAACUCGGUCGCUCCGCAUCCACAUCAGGAGUCCCGUCCCCUGUGGGAACGCCCCAAAGACACGCCUCUGACGCCUCCGCCCAUCCGUGUGGGACCCCGUUCCAGAUGCCCCCAAUGCCCUGGGCAUGUGGGGACAGCACCAUGAUGGAGAUGAUCGAGAAGAAACGUCACCUGUGCAAGGAGAUAAAAGCCAGACAGAGACCUUCAGACAAAGCCCUGUGCAAGCAGGACAGCAUGCCCAUCCUGCCCAGCUGGAAGAAGACCAAUGGGGGCAAGAAGUAUGGGCCCCCUCCAUACUCAACCCAAACCACUGUCUUCUGGGACACUGCUAUAUAAAGAGUGACCAGCAAACUACAGCCAUGGAGACUGAGGGGGUGUGUCCAAAUAUUGAUUGACAGCUAGCAGGAAGAGGGACUAAGUGAAAUGCACAGUGAAGGAUUAUCAAAACUCCCUGGUUUCCUAUCGCUGUUUAUAUUUGAUAUUUUUCUAUUGGAGAUAACUGUCUUAAUAUAAAAUAUGAUUAGCGGUUUUAUAAAGAGGAAUUCUCGAAUUGAGAUCUAAGAGUGAAAAUAGUACACUUUUACCCAUGAGAUGAUAUUUGUCCUCUUCGAAAUGGUAUUUCUAUUUAUUUUAUAUCCUUUUUUGGGGUGUUUCUAUAUUUGGCACUCAUCCGUGUGUCUGGGGAAAUAAUCUAUAAUGUGUGGUGAAAUAUGUGCAGUAAUUCCAUUGAGAAAACACAUUGUUUUUGAUGCCUAUGCAUUUGGUUAUACGGCAUGGAUGGCGCUUUUGUUCAUUGUCUGUUUUUCAUAUGGAGAGUUUAUUUGAAAAUGCUAUAUUUUUUGGUGUCUGUACUUUAAAUGUCGGAUCGUGAGGUGUCAGGUUGUUGUUUCUAUGACUUCUGGGUUGGACUUGAAGGCGAUCGGCUGGAUUUUGAGAUAUUAGGUCGGACUGGAUUAUGAGAUAACUGGGUUAUUAAAGUACAGAUCGAGCAGUUGGUCAGAUAAACCGCAAGGGCACUUUCUGUUUUUGCAAGGUCAGCUGGUGCAUUUAAUUGUGAGCACUGUAAACUCACAAACACACACUAAUAUCAGCUGCUUUAUGGCCUAACAUUUGGUGCUGUUCAACUACUUUCUUGAAUGUUCAACCUUAACAGCUACAUGACAGUCAUACACAUAAUACAACUGGUACGAAAUUAGCAUGGGCGGUUCGUGUAAAUUCAGUAGGAUUGCACGUGGUCAGGGAUUGGAUGAUGAAAAUUCAUAAAUCUUGUCCUCUACCACGUCAGAUAAUAUCUCGAAUACAGACACCGUCCUUUUAUGAAGCACUAUGCAGACAUACUGUCAGUUUACAUGCUCAUAUAUCACUGCGACAUGAGUCAAGGGCAGGCAAUAUCAUACUGAAAAGGCCAUCAUUUACUCUGAUCAGAUGCUGUGAAUCAAGGCUCCAUCCAUAUAGCUAUAGCUUUACCCCGCAAUCAAAGAGCCAUGCUGGUGCAUUCAAGCACACUUGACUAUAUGUGAACUAGUUAUCAUAAGAGUUUGCCACACUAGCAAGUCAAGCACAGUUUUAACAUGGCAGGAGAGUAAAUGCCUUUCUUUGUGUAUAUGUCUGGAAUCAGAUCAAACAAUUUGGGACAAGAAACAUACUAAAUGCAAGUAUACAAACAAAUGCAUGGCUAAUGCGUUGGAAGCGAUUGGUUUCUUAAAGGGGUAGUUCACCCAAAAAUUCUGUUUGGAAGUUGUUCCAAACCUAUAAGAGUUUCUUUCUUCUGUUGAGCACAAAGGAUGAUAUUUUGAAGAAUGUUGGUAGCCAAACAGUUGACGGUAGCCAUUGAAAAAAUACUGUGCAAGUCAAUGGCUACCGUCAACUGUUUGGAGGGUGAGUAAAUUAUGACAUUUUUGGGUGAACUAUCCCUUUAAGUGUGGAAGUAACAAAUCUCAGUAUUCAAGAAGGCAAUAGACCCUAGUGGGAAAUAAAUAUACUAAAAUGUGUUUGAAAUACAUUUACUAAAUACAUUACUUUUUUACUAGGGGAGAGCUGCAGGAAUGAGUCCUACACAUAGAGAUAAGUAGCAUUUUCAAAUUUCAAUUUGUUUUUUAAUGAGUUUUUGGUUAAAUGCCUGAAAUGCGGUCUGUGAUUAACGCAAGCUCAAGACUUUUGUACUACGACAUAAAAUACAGUAAUUGCCCACUAGUGAAUUUUUAUUUUUUUUUUUACGUGUAGAUUUACGUAUCUUGAAAAAGGUGAUUGCCAACAAACUGCUAGCAGGAAAACACACCUACUCACUAGUCCGCUUUUACAGCCUUGUUGUGUUUAUACUUAAACUCUUGCAAACUAUUCAAACUCAAACUUUCCAACCUGUACAGUUUAAAUCAAGACUGAAAAAGUUUUCGGUAGCUGACAUUUGUAUUUAGGCUUCAAAAUUCAUAAAUGUUGUGUUCUUUUGUGAAGAAUGUCAUGUUAGUCACUUAUUUUAUGCCGUUAUCCAAAAGUCAAUGGAAAAAUCCUACUGGCUUUUUGUUGAUGUAACCAAGGUGAUGCUAACAUCUGGGUUGGCCAAGAAAAUACAUAAUCCCUGCAAUACUUUAUAGCAUUAUUUUCAAAUGUCUGUCAUCAAAUGAGAUGUGUUAUUAUUCAUGCAGCUUGCUAAACAUUUUAACAAAGUAUUUCACUAAAAAGAGAAAACUCUGACCACAGAAAAAGACUUCUUUCAUUAUUAAUUGCGAUGCAUUUCACAUCCCAAUAAUGUGAGAAAUCAAUUAUUGCAUUCAUGUACUUGCAUGGAGUAUGUCUUGGGCCUAAAAGAGAUUUACCCAAAAUAGAGAAUUCUUUCAUCAUUUACUGAAAACUCAUGUCAUUCCAAACCUGUAUGACUCCUUUCUUUUGUCUAAAAGUCAAUGAGAUCUAAUCUUGUUUUGGACGUCCCUGACUUUCACAGCAUAGUUGAAGCAAUUAUUAAAAAAUCCAUAGAUUAAGUGUUCCAUAGAUUGAAGAAAAUCACACAUGUUUGGAACUAAAAAAUGAGAAUGAGAGUAUUGACAUUUUUAGCUGAACUAUCCCUUUAACAUAACGGAGGGUCUAGAAAACAGAAUGUGGAUGGUUUGAAGGACGGACUGGAUUCACAGUGUCCUUUUAAGUGUUCAUUUGAUGUGGAAUAGCCAAUGAGCAAUGGUGUUGGUGUCAUUUAGCAAUCGGCUGGCUUUGCCGUCAGUGAUUUGAGGGACCAAUGCAGAUGUUUAUCUGCCAAUUAAAAACGGCUACACAAACUCUGUUUUACGCUCUACUGUACAGUUUUUGCCAUGGAGACACUGUGCUCUGUAGUUCUUUGCACUGCUAUGGGCGAGACUGUGAUGGCAUGCUUAAGUUGAUGUCUGCUCAGGUGUGAUCAAGCCACACCCCUAAAGAUGGGGCCGGUUGUCUGAAGCCCCUCCCCUCACUGCCAUCCCCAUUGCACAAUCACACAUCCUAACCUGCUUUACACAUUAAACCAAUACAGAGACACCCUUCAAUGUAAACACAUGCACAUCAGAUACAGGCACUUUUCAAAAAUUGUAUCAUCACAUGCUCACAUACACAUGUACAAAGCUGGCAUCCAAGUAAAAAGCAUUGCCUUGGAGACCUGGGUUCACUGUGACUUAAAAAAGACUUUAGGGAGGGGCUUUAAGGUCAGUAGAAUGAUGUCAUAAAGGUUUACAAUGAUAUGAAGGUAAAUAAUCCCACUUACUAACAUUACUAGUCACUACAACGAAAACACACAACAAUGUAAUAAUUAGAGGGGAAAAGUUAAAGACCAAAAACAGAGGGGUGCUCAGU